AUGUCUCCACUUCUGAGAAGCAUCUUUGAUAUCACUGAAGUUUUCAAUCAAUAUGCCUCACAUGAUUGUGAUGGGGCAGCACUAUGCAAGAAAGACCUGAAGAAUCUCCUUGAAAGGGAAUUUGGAGCUGUCCUUCAGAGACCACGUGAUCCUGAAACGGUAGAUCUGCUCCUAGAACUUCUGGAUCGCGACUGUAACGGGCUUGUAGAUUUCAAUGAGUUCCUCCUGUUCAUUUUCAAGGUGGCUCAAGCUUGUUAUUACGCCCUCGCGGAGGCCUCAGGGCUAGAGAAGGGAGCCAAGUGUGAGGGAAAGGGGAACCCAUUACAAGAUCGCAGGCAAGAAGACCAAAGGAAGUUUGAGCUCCGGGAGGGACAGUUCAAAGAAGAACGCAGGCAGAAGAGGCAGCAACAAGAGAGGGAGUUCACCGAGGAAGCGGAGCAGAGGGAGAAGGACGAGAGACGCGAGCAAGAGCUGCAACGGCAAGAAUGGGAAGCGCGCCUUGAGGAGGAAGAGCUGCUGCAUAGGUGCCAGAGAGUGGUACCUGAGGAGUUUCCUGUCCAAGAGAGGAGGCAAGAAAGACAGGAGCAGCGGGAGCGCCAGGAAGGGGAGCAGCUACCCCUGCGGAAAGGGCAGGAGCUGAGGAGGGAGCGCCAGGAGGAAGAAGAGCCACUACAAAGGCAGAGGCGCGAGAGCCGGGAGCGCUUGGAGCAGGAGAGGCACCAGGAGCAGCUCAGGCGCGAGCAGGAACCGCGCUUGGAACAGAAGCUGAGGCGACAACGUGAGCUGAGGAGGGAGCAGGAAGAAAGGCCUGAGCAGGAACCGGUCUUGGAGCAGCUGAAGCGCGAGCAGGAGAGGUGCGAACAGGAGAGGCGCCAGCAGGAGCUGAGGCGCAAGCAAGAGCUGAGGCGCGAGCAGGAGUCGCUCUUGGAGCAGAUGAGGCGUGAGCAGCAGCUGGCUGAGGAAGAGGUACAGCAGGAAGAGGCUAGUGAGCAGGGCGAGAGCCACACCUUGAGGUGGCAGCGGCAGCUGGAAAGCGAGGCCAACGCCCGUCAGAACAAAGUCUACUCCAGGCCCCGUAGGCAGGAGCUGCAGAGGCGCCACCAGGAGCAGGGGGAAGAGGAGAGGCGGUUCCAGGAGCGCGAGCAGCGACUGCGAGAGCGGGAAGAGGACGCCCAGUGGCAGGCUAAGCAAGAGAGUGAGAGGCGCCGCCAAAGGCUGUCGGCCAGGCCCCCAUUGCAGGAGCAGGAGCAGCGGAAUGCGCAGCUGAGGACGGAGCAGCGCCAGGAGCAGGGACGACUGCUCCAAGGGGAGGAGCUGAGCAGACAACGACUGGAGAAGGAGCAGGAGCUGCAGUUCCGCGAGGAGGAGCAGCUCCAGGAGGAGUACCUCCAAGAGGAUCAGGAGAGGGAGCGGCGCCAGCAGCUGCGCCGCGACCAAAAAUCGAGGUGGCAACUAGAGGAGGAAAGCCAGAGACGCCGCCACACUCAAUACACCAAGCCAGCUCAGCGCGAACAGCUGCAGGAGGAGGAAGAGCAGCAGCAACCGGAGAAGAGGCUUCAGGAACGGGAGAGACAGUAUCGGGAAGAAGAUCAACGGCGGGAGGAAGAGCAGCUGCAGAGAGAACGGAGGCACCAGCAGCGUGAUAGGCAGUAUCUGGAGGAGGAGGAGGAGCACCAGGACCAGGUGCACCAAUUCCGGGAUGAUAAUCAGCGCUGUGAUCUGAAAUGUCAGUGGCAACCAGAAAAAGGAAAUGAAGUUGGUAAUUACAGGGUUUACUCCAAACGCAGAGAGAAUGAAGAAAAGAUCCGGCAAGUGGAAGAUCCCCAGGUGCGGGAGAAGCAAUUCCAGCAGGAUCGGUGGGCACUGCAGAAUGAACAAGAAGAGCAGCAGUUCGACAGGCAGUUCCCAACCAAAGAGCUGCUGGAGCGAGACGAGCAAAGGGGAGCGAAAAGGCGAGACAGGAAGUUCCAAGAGGAAGAGCAGCUGCUAGAGGAGGAAAGAGAGGGGAAACCCCUUCAGGAAGAAGACAGAAGGUUCCGUAAGGAGAAACAGCUCCUGCAGGAACGGGAAGAACGGCAGCUGCUUCUCCAAGACAGCGACAGAAAGCUCCGUGAGGAGGAACAGCAACUCCGCCGCCAGGAACGCGAGCAACAGCUUCGCCAGCAGCGCGACAGAGAAUCCCGUGAGGAGGAGCAGCUCCUUCAGGAAAGAGGAGAACAGCUGCGUCGCCAGGAGCGCGACAGAUAUCUACGCGAGGAGGAACAACAGCUGCGCCGCCAGGAACUUGAGCGACAGCUUAUCCGGGAACGGGAACAACAGCUGCGUGGCCAAGAGAGCGACAGAAAGCUCCGCGAGGAGGAACAGCAACUCCGCCGCCGGGAACGCGAGCAACAGCUUCGCCGGCAGCGCGACAGAGAAUCCGACAGAGAAUCCCGUGAGGAGGAGCAGCUCCUUCAGGAAAGGGGAGAACAGCUGCGUCGCCAGGAGGCAAAAAGAACAGCACUGCGUCGCCGGAGCGACCUCCAAAAAAAGCGCGACAGAAAUCUCCGCGAGGAGGAGCCCCGGGAACGCAACAGCUUCGCCCACGAGGAGCAGCUCCUUCAGGAAAGAGGAGAACAGCUGCGUCGCCGGGAGCGCGAGGGACAGCUUAUCCGGGAACGGGAACUACAGCUGCGUCGCCAAGAGAGCAACGGAAAGCUCCGAGAGGAGGUACGGCAACUCGGCCCCCGGGAAGGAGAGCAACAGCUUCGCCGGCAGCGCGACAGAGAAUCCCGUGAGGAGGAGCAGCUCCUUCAGGAAAGAGGAGAACAGCUGCGUCGCCAGGAGCGCGACAGAAAUCUACGUGAGGAGGAACAGCAGCUGCGUCGCCAAGAGAACGGCAGAAAGUUCCGCGAGGAGGAACAACAGCUGCGCCGCGAGGAACAAGAGCGACAGCUUUUCCAGGAACGGGAACAACAGCUGCGUCGCCAAGAGAGCGACAGAAAGCUCCGCGAGGAGGAACAGCAACUCAGCGCCAGGGAACGCGAGCAACAGCGUGGCGAGGAGCAUGACAGAGAAUCCCGUGAGGAGGAACAGCUUCUCCAAAAAAGGGGAGAACAACUGCGCCGCCAGGAACGUGACAGAAAAUUCCGUGAAGAAGAGCAGCUCCUCCGGGAACAGGAACAGCCCCUGCGUCUCCAAGAACGCGCCAGAAAAUUUCCUGAGGAGGAACAGCUUCUCCGGGAACUAGAAGACCAGCAGCUGCGUCGCCAGGAACGAGAGAAAAAGCUUCGCCAAGAGCGUGAAAGAGAACUUCAGAAGGAGGAACAGUUUCUCCAGGAAAGAGAACAGUCGCGCCGCCAGGAACGCGACAGGAAAUUUCGUGAGGACGAACAGCUCCUCCAGGAAAGGGAAGAACCGCAGCUGCGUGGCCGAGAGCGCGACAGACGUCUGCGCGAGGAGGAACAGCAACUCCGCCGCCAGGAACGCGAGCAACAGCUCCGCCGGCAGCGCGACAGAGAAUCCGACAGAGAAUCCCGUGAGGAGGAGCAGCUCCUUCAGGAAAGGGGAGAACAGCUGCGGCGCCAGGAGCGCCAGGAGCGCGAUAGAUAUCUACGCGAGGAGGAACAGCAGCGGCGCCUCCAGGAACGCGACGAGCAGCUUAUCCAGGAACGAAAAGAACAGCAGCUGCGUCGCCGAGAACAGCAGCAGCGGGAGGAACAAGAACUGAAGCGCCGGCAGGAGCUAAACCAGCAGUACCGAGAAGAGAAGCCAUUUGCCCGGGGGGAGAAGAGGCGCCUUCAGGGACAGGAACUGCGGCAAGAAGAGCAGAGACGCCGCCAAGAGCCGGAAAGGAAAUUCCGGGAAGAAGAGCAGCUCCGCAGCCUGCAGGAGGGGGUGCAAAGGCGUGGCCAAGUCCCGGAGGAAAAAGAAAAGGGUCGUCAGCAGUUUCUGGAAUCUGGCGAGAGUCAGUUUGCCAGUGCCCCGGUGCGCUCCAGCCCUCUCUAUGAGUACAUCCAAGAGCAGAGAUCCCAAUACCGCCCUUAA